AUGGAAAUGAAAAUGAUCGUAUUAUUUGUUACAUCUGCACUGUUUUGUGAUGCAAUUAAACUUGGCAUUUUGGAAAGUGAUCGAAAUCUUGUGCAUAUAUGUAAAAUGGCCUUAAAGGAUGGUCAAAAUACUGGACAAUGCACUGGCAAUACCACCUGGGUAUUCGAUGCUCCGACAUGUACGACUAGUAAUCCAGCAAAGGGUACGGCUAGCGCUAUCGCUUUUCACUUUAAGGAACAUGUAGAGGCAUUCAUUGAUUCGAGAUGUGAGAGUGAAAUGCUGGAAAUAGCUAGCCUAGCUCGUUUCUGGAAUUCUCCAGUUAUGGUACGAACUGUUACAAAUCCCAGCAUUACUGAUCCGAAUCUAUAUCCCACUGUUGUGCAGUUUGGUCACAUAUCUACAAUUGAUUUCACAUACGCUAUAAAAUCUCUUGCUGAUUACCUUAAUAUCACUUCGGUAGUUCUGGUCAGCUCUAUUGGAAGUAGCUUCGACCAUUACUCAAUUGCUGCUGGAAUCAAGCAAAUUGUAAACAAACAACAUCCAUUUCAUGUAGAAAAGUUCAUCGAAAUUGAUGAAAAUAUGAUGAUAGAAAAGGAAGUUGCUGCAGAGAAUCUUAGAACAACUACAAAUAUGAUCAUUAUUGGAAAUGAUUUUAUAAAUUUGGAAAUGGUUCUUCAUAAUCUUGAAGUUACCGCACUAACUGAUGAUCAGUACAUGGUAAUUUUAAUAUGCAAUAAAGUUAGCGAAGUAUGUACCAAUUCAGUAAAAGAUAUCAUCACUCGUGCUAAGAUCAUUGUUUUGGCUCCAAUAAUUGAGGAAUAUAAAUCAAUCGAAGAUAAACUCAGCAGACGACUCAAUUUCGUAGUAAAAAAGGACGAAGUAGAGAUGUAUUUAACAAUGUAUGAUGCAUGUUACGGUUUCUGUUUUGGUAUCGGACAUAACUCAGUUUUGGAUGGGAGGCAAUUUGCCGAGUUUAUGAGAAAUCAACAUUUUACAAAUGUAUUUGGAAAUGUCACUUUGGAUGGUACGGCAAAACGUUUACAAAAUUAUGCAUUUCAAUGGUUACCUUCGGAAAAUGAUGAAUUUCAAAGAGUUAUGACAUUAACAAUGAUUGAGGCACAAUGUACAUUUGAAAACAAAUGCUUUGAUUUGGAAGUGCAAAUAACAGAUGAAAAGUUCUGGGAUAUUUAUAAAAAUAUCACUAUUGAAAGAUGCGUUAGAUGUAGCAAAUAUUCCUUCUCAACUAUUAUUACAGCUAUUAUUAGUUGUAUUGCCAUCAUUGUGUUCUUCUGCUCGAUUGCAUUUUACUUAUAUCGAAGAAAGAAGCAUUUGGAAGUGUAUCGAAUGAUGUGGAAAAUUUCAAAAGAGGACUUAAAAGUUAUCGAAACAAAACGGUCUAAAGGACGUGCAGUAAGCGAUAAAUUAAACAGUAAACGACGACAAUUGGAUUCCUAUGCAUUGGUUGGUACUUUAAAGGCUGAAUUUAUGUGUUUCAAAAAAUAUAAGCAAAUUCCAUGGAAUAAGGCGCAAUUAAAAUUUCUUUACGAAUUAAAAUCGCUGAAUCACAACAAUCUAACCAAUUUUAUCGGAAUUUGCUACAAUAAUCUUGAUCGUUUCUACGUGUUACACACGUUAAUUGAACGUGCAUCACUGGAAGAUUUCAUUUAUGAUCAACAAUUUAACGUGGAGGAUACAUUUAAGUGUGCUUUUAUCAAAGAUAUAAUAAAGGGAUUGCAAUAUUUACAUAAUUCACCAAUUAGAUAUCAUGGAAUGCUGUCAUUAAAAACGUGCAUGAUUGAUACGAAUUGGGUUCUUAAAUUAACAAAUUUCGGAAUUUCAACUAUGCUAAGUGAAUUGAUUGAUCAGAAUUAUAUACGCCCUCUAGAAUUGAUUCCUCAACAUUUUUAUAUCACAGUUGCGCCAGAAUUAUUAGCUGAUAUUCAAAUUGGAUGGAAUUUUCCAAAAGGAACAGCUAUGGGAGACAUUUAUAGCUUCGGAAUAAUGCUUUAUUCAAUUAUUUUUCGAGUCAAGCCAUUUGAUCGAUUUUCACUGAAAGAAGUACUCCGUAAUGUGGUUCAGAAAUCGCUACGACCUCAUAUUGAUAAUGAUGAUAGUGAUCCGCUGAUUGAUUUAAUGUGCCGGUGCUGGGAUUCAACACCAGAAGUACGACCAGAACUUCAAACUAUCCGUCAAAUUAUUGGAUCAAUUUUCUCAAAUUCAAAAGGCAACUUGGUAGAUCAAAUGAUCAAAAUGAAUGAGAAAUAUGCAGAAAACUUGGAACAUAUUGUUGCGGAACGAACUUCACUAUUGGUGGAAGCACAAGAACGGACUGAUCGCUUACUUUGCGAAAUGCUACCACCUAUCAGAUCCGUAGCAGCGGAGCUCAAAGCGGGUAAAACAAUUGUUCCACGAAAUUAUAAAACAGUUACGGUUGGUUUCUGUCAGAUCGUUGAUUUCAUGUGCUUAAUGGAGCAAUGCACACCUGAGCAGGUGAUUUCAUUUUUAAAUGAAGCCUUUAUGAUUUUCGACGAAGUAAUCAAAUGCCAUGAUGCUUAUAAAGUUGAAACAACGGGUGAAACAUAUAUGAUGGCAUCAGGAGUUCCUAGUGAAAAUGGUGGCCAGCAUAUUUUCGAAAUUGCUGAAAUUGCACUUGAAAUACGACAGAGAACUCUCGUUUAUAAGGUCACUUCUGCAACAAAUUGGCAUCUUCGUGUUCGUAUCGGAUUCCAUUGUGGACCUAUUGCUGCUGGUGUUAUCGGUUUACGAUCACCAAGAUAUUGUUUAUUUGGUGAUACGGUAAAUUUUGCAUCUCGAAUGCAAAGUAACUGUGAACCUAAUCAGAUACAAGUAGCUGAAAGUACAGCAAAAAUAUUAAUGGAACAUUCCAAAUAUAAGCUUUCGAAACGUGGAGUUGUGCACGUAAAAGGCAAAGGAGAUGUGAACACAUACUGGUUAAAUGAACUCGCAUCGAAUGAACAAUAA